AUGGCCCUCUUCGAGCCCGUGGCAGUGAUUACCGACUCACCCUUGGUGUCGGAGCUUCAAGCUCACCGGCCGGCGCUGCAGGUUGUUUCAGCACGGGAGCUCCUGGCCUGGGAUGACAUCGGGGAUUACGAGGAUGUGCCCAGCACGACGGAGCAUGCGCUGGCCUACAUGUUCACGUCUGGCAGCACAGGGCAAUCGAAGUGCGUGUGCCUCUCAAACCUCAUGGCCUACAGCGAGACAGAAGGGUAUCCAGAGCUGUUCGGCAAGCUCGGGUACUGGGUUGAUCCGCACAAGGACCGAUGGCGAAUCGACCAUGAGAUGGGUUGGUGGGGCGCCGCUUACUUCGGGGAGGUCGACGUUGCCCUGGCUAUGCGCAUGGGCAUCGUCUUCAUGAAGCCGACAGAUCCGGACUGGGGAGCUCGUGGCGUGACAGUUUCCGGGGCACUUCCCUCGCAGUUGAGCAAUCUCUGGCCUGGCGCGAAGAACUUCCCCUCGUGUCUCCGAGUGAUCUUCAGCUGGGCAGAGCGCUGUGAUGUGGAGCUGGGCGCCAUGUGGAAGGCAGCUGGCGUGCGCAUGGCCGACCUGCUCAUUGCUACGGAGUAUUUCCUGACUUUCGCUUCCUGCAACUUGGAGACAGCAACGAGCGACGGCCGCAGCGCCCAUGCGAUGCGUCCGCUUGGUAGAGCCAAGGUUUACCUCCUCGACGAGAGCUUCGCCCCCAUCGAGGCCUCCCAAGGAGAGGUGUCGGGCUUGCUGGGUGUGGCCGGGCCGCAGGUCACGCCCGGUUAUGUCGAGCGCCUCGAUGACGGAUCCGUGACGAUUGGUUCGGGACCCCUCAGCCAAGACAUGUUCAAGGUGAUUGAUGGUGACUGGGUCGCAGUGCCGAAAGACAUCAUGAAGAAGCAAGGUGAUCGUUACAUCAGUGUGGGCCGAGGUGGUGGCACCGUGAAGGUGAAGGGUGGAGUGCUCAUGGCCACCAAUGUUGCCGAGGCCCAUUGCAGUGUAGCAGGUGUCGAACUUGUUUGCCUUUCUCUUUCAUAUGAGACAGCCGCUGUUCUGGAACAAGGAAAGAUGCCCCCUAAGGACACCUGGAGCUGUCAAUCUUUCGCUCUUGGCUCAAGCUUCAUUUCGGCUCGCGUGCCGUAG